AUGUAUGGUGCCAACAGCACGAGCGGAAAGGCGUCGGAAGCGGCCGCCACCAUCGCAGACUGCGUGCGCAAAGCACAGCAAACGUACCCGGAUGUCCGAGCCAUAGUGCUGGGAGACUUAAAUCAGUGCAAGCUGGAGAGAAUUAAAGUGUAUCCAAAGAAAAAGACACGUGCUAUCAAGGGCAUCAAUCAUGCCAUGAACCGGAGGAGGCAGGCUUUUAACAGUAAGGACUGGGAUGCUGUCAAACUGGCCGGAAAAGACCUAAGAGAGAAGCUGAAGGAGGCAAAACAUGAACGCAGAAAACACUUGGGACAAAAGGAUGCUUUUGAGACGAACAACCCUGGAACAUUCCGGGACAUUAUGGAGAACAUGGCAGGAACGUCUUCAUCCAGGAAGCCAAGCUCAUCAGAAGAUGGUGUUGAAUUUUCAGAUUCCCUGAACAGAUAUUUCACUGGGUUUGAGCUUCAGUGUAACAGUGAAAAAUGUAAGGACAUCCUUAAAGGGACAAACAGAGCUGAUCCAGGUGUCUACAACUGUUCCUCCAGGAGAUGUGACUGCUGUCGUUACAUGAAAGCAAACAUCAAACAAUUUGAAAGCACAGGAACGAAGAAGUCUUACAGCAUCAGAGAAGUUCUGAGCUGUGAUACAAAGAGUGUCAUAUACGUGAUUGAGUGCCAGAAAUGCAGAGAGAAGUUUGUGGAGAAAACUGUAGGUCCCCUGAAGAAAAGGUUCAGUACUGUAAAAAACUCAGUCUUGAAGAAACAGUAUCGUCCUGUUUCCAGACACUUCAACAGCGACGGUCACUCUUUGGAUGACCUGAGAAUAUUUCCAAUCGAGCAGGUCAGUGAUAUUGAAAAACUAAAAGAGAGAGCAGAGUACUGGCAUGAAGAACUUGUACUGCUGGAUGUUGAAGUAGAUGAGCUGCAGUAUGAAUGCGAAGCGAUGGAGGAGCAGGGUCGUGUCCCAGGUGAACCGGUGCAGCCAAGCAGGGCAUCAGCGGGAGACUCGUCCACCAGCGUGGCACCUAAAAGGAGGAAUGAGGAGGAAGGUGGUGUGAGCCCAGCAAAGAAGAGGAGAAAGAAGAAAAAAACAACUUUUUUCUCAAGAGAGACAGAACAACUUCUGAGUGCAUGUAGGUAG